UUGAUUUGAUAAGCUAGUUAUUGUUAAUAAAUCGCCAAGUUAUUCUAACAAACAGAUUGUCCCAUUUCUGAACGAGAAUGCAAUUUUUGGGAAGAUUUUGUAAGAAUUGUAAAAGAGUAGGAAAAGGAAGAGUUGUUACGAAAUUACCUGCUAUCGUGCAUCGUUUAAGCGAACAACGAUACCUGUCGCAUCUAUAAAAGACGUGCAAUUAGGUGAACCACGGUAUUCGGUGCGUAUAGUUGACCGCAAAACCACGCAACUACGGUGUCGUCUUCUGUUUGACAAAUCGUUCGGAUGACUCAUCUAGAGUCAAGAAAGGUACAAGGAAGACGCGAUUUGUCCCUGAAAGGGACUUUUGUGUUCCUCUAUUUUGAGUCUGCAGGUACAUAUCAACUGCUGCACGAGUAUCGAAGGCGGAGCUAGAGGAAAGGUGUAACUGGAAAUUAUAAAAGAGCGGUCGGCGGCCAAGAGGAGACAGUCUCCUCCAGGUGUUCACCCGCGCGACUACGAAUCGGGAAUUUCCACCGGUCUGUUACAUUUUGAAGAAAAGUCAAAGCUGCCUUUGUAUCGUUGGAUAUAAAUUAAAGCAAGAUGGGAGCGAUCGAAUGGGUAACCGAGGGAGACAGCUACGAGUGCUCACUUUCGAUGGAAACGCAGAAACUAGCCAAGGAGGAGCUCAGAGAGGACAAAAACACGAGAGACCAAGCUCUCGAGCAGAUACGCAACUGGAUAAAACUGAAUCCGCGUAUUCAAAACUGUCGGCUCGAUGCGCGGUUCUUAUUGAGGUUCUUGAGAUGCAAAAAGUUCAACGUCCCAAUGGCGGAGGAGGCGAUCGAAAGAUAUUUGCUGCUGCGUCAAGUUUAUCACCUUGCCUUUCAUCAUUUGGACAUCACCGAGCCAACGAUGCAAGAGCUGUUGUCUUUGGGAUAUCUAUUUGCUGCACCCGGACGCGACGCCAAAGGCCGCCGCGUUGUAAUUGCCCGACCAGGCGUUUUCGAUCCCCACAAGUACACGAACGCUGACAUGUGUCGAAUUCACGCGAUAACUUACGAGUGUUUGAUGGAGGACGAGGAGAAUCAGGUACGAGGUUUCGUUCAUUUCGCCGACGGGGCUGGCGUUAGUUUCCCCCAUCUGACGCUUUUUACGCCGAAGGAGGCUGUCCGUAUCGUGAAAAACGGCGAGCGAACUAUACCCAUGCGUCACAAGGAGGUUCACGCGAUCAACACUCAUCCGUCGUUGAAAUUUGCCCUCGAUUUCGGCAUGUCGUUGAUCUCUGAAAAGAUAAAGAAACGCGUCAGGAUUUACACCAGCCUGGAGGAGGCUAUCAAUCACAAAAUGGAUACGAGCAUGUUGCCCAAAGAGUAUGGCGGCACGAUGCCAAUGAAAGAGAUGAUCGAACUGUGGAGGCAAGAGUUGCUAGAGAUGAGACCGACGCUGUUGACUCACGAUAAAAUGAGAGUGUGUCUGGAGUUGUAUUCGGAGAAGGCGCGCGAAGGUGCGGUCUCGGCCUUGAAGCAAGGCUUCGGCUGCUCCGACAUUGGGUCCAGCGAUUCCACCAUGUACGGCAUCACCGGCUCCUUUCGGAAGCUCGAAGUCGACUGAUCGAAAAUUCGACCCGAUUAUUGCACAUUAAAUAAUAAACGAUGCUGCACGCUCUAUGGAUAGUGUAAGAUUGUCAAGUACAAUACACGAUAUCGAUUAUAUCGAGACUUAAUAUAAGAUAUUACUGAAAAAAAAAAGAAAAAGAAGAAGAAGAAAUGUAUAAGAAAAAUUAGUGAAAUUUUCGAUCUCAAUACUGCAGUAGAAACUUUCGAAAGCUCACAGUCGCGUUGCAUAAUUGUAAGUUGUACGUCAUUCGAUUUGAAUUAUUUGUAAAUAAAACCGUAUUAGGGGAAGAAAUAAAUAUUUUCUUACGCAUGUA